AUGGUCUAUUCACUUACAGUCGCCGUUGCCGAUAUUUCAGUUGAAGAAUCAAUCAAACGAGAGAAAGUCUUUCAAUCGGCAGUUAAUUCAGUUUUACCAAUACUAACUAAGCAUUCAAGCCUUCACAUUCCUUUAGUAAUGCUGCCUGGGAAGCGAGUUAAGUCCAAGAAAGAGAUGCGCGAGAUAGAGGAUCCCAAAGUAGAGGCCAGAAAGCCACAAAGAGUUGCACGGCCGAAGAAGGAAGAUGUCCGUAAAAAAGCGCAAGUAGAAGAGAAGGUCAAACAACUCAUGGCCACUGCUAAAUCUAAUCCAGAAGGACAAGCACCCCGGCCUGGUAAGAAGGUCAUGAAGAAGAAGUUCAGAUUAGGAAAGAGUAAACGCCAGAAGAGAAAUUAA